AUGUUCUCAUCCUUGUGGGCUCUUGUGGCUUUGCCGCUGGCCUUGGCUGCUCCCAGUCACUCCUUGUCCAACCAGCUUGACCAUUCCUUGUCCAAGAGAUGCGUCAACAGUGCUUCCGACCGGUCUUGCUGGGGGGAUUACGACAUCACCACCAACUACUAUGACACCGCCCCCGACACUGGGGUCACCAGGGAAUACUGGUUCAACGUCGAGAACACCACGGCGGCUCCUGACGGCAUUGAACGCAUUGUUCUUGCCAUCAACGGCUCCGUCCCCGGUCCGACCAUCAUUGCAGAUUGGGGAGAUGAGGUCAUUAUUCAUGUCACAAAUGCCAUGCAAAACAACGGCUCAACUAUUCACUGGCACGGUAUCCGCCAGAACUAUACCAACCAAUAUGACGGUGUGCCUUCUGUCACCCAAUGUCCCAUCGCGCCCGGUGACACUCAGACAUACCGCUGGAAGGCCCUGCAAUACGGAUCUUCCUGGUACCACGCUCACUUUGCCGUUCAGGCCUGGGAUGGCAUCUUUGGCGGAAUCCUCAUCAACGGGCCUGCCACUGCCAACUACGACGUCGAUCUUGGUCAUAUCUUCCUCAACGACUGGAGCCACCAGACAGCGGACGUCCUCGCCGAAGAAGCUGCCACAACUGGUCCCCCAACCAGCGACAACUGCUUGAUCAACGGCACAAAUACCUGGACCGAGGACGAUGGAACGGUCGUCGGCUCUCGAUUCGAGACCACCUUCGCAGCUGGCACUAAGUACCGCAUCCGCCUCGUCAACGGCGCUGCCGACACCCACUUCCGCUACACCAUCGACAACCACACCUUUGAGGUGAUUGCCAGCGACUUUGUCCCUAUCGUGCCCUACAACACCACCAACCUAAGCAUUGGUAUGGGCCAGCGUUAUGAUAUCAUCGUCACCGCCACUGAGACGACGGGCGACUUUUGGAUGCGCGCUAUCCCCCAGGAGUCGUGCUCGGACAACGACAACGUUGACAACAUUCUCGGCAUCGUCCGCUACGACAGCUCCUCCACCGCCGACCCGACCACCUCGGCCUACAGCGACCUCACCGACUCGUGCGACGACGAGGACUCGGCCAACCUGGUCCCUUACGUCGCCAUUGAAGUGGGCACCGUGAGCGCCGAGGACGACGAGGAGGCCGGCCUGACCGUCAGCACCAGCAUCAAGUGGACCAUGAACGAUGUCUCGUUCGUCUCCGAGUGGGACUACCCGACCGUCCUGGCCAUCGGCGAGGGCAACACGAGCUGGACCUCCGCCGAGCACGUCUGGACCCUGCCCGACGCCGACCAGUGGGUGUACAUGAUCAUCCAGACCGAGUUUGCCCAGGCCCACCCCAUCCACCUACACGGCCACGACUUUUGGGUCCUCGGCGCCGGCGACGGCACCUACGACAACACCACCGACACCCUCACUACCGUGAACGCGCCCCGUCGCGACACCGCCAUGCUCCCCGCGGACGGGUGGCUGGCGCUGGCCUGGAUCACUGACAACCCGGGUGCCUGGGUCAUGCACUGCCACAUCGCAUGGCACGCCGACGAGGGCUUCGCUCUGCAGCUGGUCGAGCGCGAGUCCGAGAUCGCCGCUCUCCAGGACAUGACCUACAUCAACAACACCUGCACCAACUGGAACACCUGGACCGCAGCCAAUAACUACGUCCAGGACGACUCCGGUAUCUAA